AUGUCGUGGGCUCCAGAAGUCAAGUCUGAGUCUGUGUCAGAUUUCAGACUCAGCACUGAGCGAUUUGCUGAAGACAAUGUUCUUAAGCACUCUUUCAACAAAGAAACUUGUCUGGCAGGCAAAGACUGGUUAUAUAGCUACUUGAAACGCAACACAAACCUGAAGUUACGCCAGCCUGAAAACACAAGUCUUAACAGAAUUUCAGCGUUCAAUGAGCAAGAGGUUAAGAUUUUUUUUGAUAACUUGAAAGCAGUGAUACAUAAAUUUGAAAUAGACCCCCACCGUACGUACAAUCAGGACGAAACCGGUAUAACAACCGUCCAAAAGAAGUGCCCAAAAGUGUUGGCACUAAAGGGUGCUAAAAGAGUAGGUGGGGCUACUUCAGGGGAAAGGGGAAGAACAAUCACAGCAGUUUUUUGUGUAAGUGCUGGUGGCCACUACAUCCCACCAAUGCUGAUAUAUCCACGCAAAAGAAUGACCCCCAACCUUCAAGUGAAUGGACCACAUGGUGCACUUUACUGCCUCUCUAACAACGGCUGGACAAACUCGGAGCUGUUUUUGGAGUGGCUAGCUCACUUUAAAAAACACUCACACCCUACACCCGAGGAUCCUGUUCUUCUAAUCCUGGACAAUCACAACAGUCAUAUAUCCAUACCGGCCUACAAGUUUUGCAAAGACAGCAACAUUCAUAUGAUAUCUUUGCCCCCUCACACGUCCCAUCGGCUUCAGCCACUGGACCUGACUUUUUUCGGUCCAUUGAAAAACGCCUUGUAUAGAGAAUAUGAUCUUCAUCUAAUGCGAUCCGGUCAUGAGAAGAUAACCGAGUAUUGA